AUGGACGAGAAUACCCAAUUUGAUGAACAGCCAAUAGAUGCUGUGUUUGGUGACAGAGUUCGUCGAUUUCAAGAGUUUUUAGACAAGGACGAUACGAAUCUGAGGAAUGAUUAUCGAAGUCAGAUUAAAAAUCUUAUAAUCAAAGGUAAAAAUAGGUUGAAUGUCUCUAUUGACCAAAUAAGAGACUUUGAUAGAGAAUUUUGGAAAGGUUUAUUAAACCAACCGUCUGAUUAUUUACCUGCUUGUGAACGUGCUUUGAGAGACACCGUUUUAACCGUUUACGAUCCAACAAAUCCAGAGUUCCCUACGGAUUUCGACUCGAGUCAGCAAUACAAUUUGAGCUUCAAAGGUGCAUUUGGUAGUCAUUCCGUUACUCCAAGAUCAAUUGACUCUGGUUUUUUAUCGAAAUUAGUGUCAAUUGAAGGCAUUGUUACCCGAGCAUCGUUGGUUCGUCCUAAAGUGAUUAGAUCUGUUCAUUAUGCCGACUCCACAGGAAGAUUUUACGCAAGAGAGUAUAGGGACCAAACAACUUCAUUUGAUGCUAUUUCAACACCAGCAAUCUACCCAACUGAGGAUAUGGAAGGAAAUAAACUAUCUACAGAGUACGGUUAUUCUACGUAUAGGGAUCAUCAAAAGAUAUCGGUUCAAGAAAUGCCAGAAACUGCUCCAGUAGGUCAAUUACCAAGGUCAGUGGACAUCAUAUUAGAUGACGACUUGGUUGAUUUAACCAAGCCUGGUGAUCGUGUACAAAUUGUUGGUGUAUACAGAGCCUUGGGCGGAGGAGCUAACAACAACUCAUCUUUCAAGACUGUUAUAUUGGGUAAUUCGGUAUACCCUUUGCAUGCUCGAUCCACGGGAGUUGCAUCUCAAGAAAAGAUUACUGACCAAGACAUAAGAAAUAUCAAUAAACUAGGUAAGGAUAAAAAAAUUUUUGAGAUUUUAUCACAAUCAUUGGCACCAUCUAUUUACGGCUUUGAAUAUAUCAAAAAGGCAGUCUUGUUGAUGUUGAUGGGAGGAGUUGAGAAAAAUUUGGAUAAUGGUACUCAUUUGAGAGGUGACAUCAAUAUCUUGAUGGUGGGUGAUCCAUCGACUGCUAAAUCGCAAAUCUUGAGGUUUGUUUUGAAUACAGCUUCUUUGGCAAUUGCAACUACGGGUAGGGGUUCUUCCGGAGUUGGUUUGACUGCUGCUGUUACCACUGAUAAAGAAACUGGUGAAAGACGAUUAGAAGCAGGUGCCAUGGUUUUAGCCGAUAGAGGUGUUGUUUGUAUUGAUGAAUUUGACAAAAUGUCAGAUUCUGAUAGAGUUGCCAUUCACGAAGUGAUGGAACAGCAAACGGUUACAAUUGCCAAAGCCGGUAUUCACACUUCAUUAAAUGCAAGGUGUUCUGUUAUUGCUGCCGCGAAUCCUGUGUUUGGACAAUAUGACGUUCACAAAGAUCCUCAUAAGAAUAUUGCCUUGCCUGACUCGUUAUUGUCUCGUUUUGAUUUGUUGUUUGUUGUGACAGACGAUGUGAAUCAAACUAGAGAUAGAAUCAUUUCUGAGCACGUUUUGAGAAUGCAUAGAUUUGUUGCACCGGGUAUGAUGGAAGGAGAACCAAUACGUGAAAAUUCGAGUGUAACAUUGGCUGUAGGAGACGAUGAGACAAAUGAGCAGGAGCUAUUAGAGCAACCAGUUUUUGAAAAGUUCAAUGCCUUAUUACAUGCUGGAGUAUCAAGAGGGAGAGGAAAGAAAUCGCCUACUAUCUUGUCCAUUCCAUUUUUGAAAAAGUAUAUUCAAUACGCAAAGCAAAGAAUAAAGCCAGUUUUGACCAAGAGUGCUUCCGACUAUAUUGUGCAUACUUAUUCGUCUUUGAGAAAUGAUUUGAUUGGUAAUAACCAACGAAAUACAGCUCCGAUAACAGCGAGAACUUUGGAAACUUUGAUUCGUUUAGCAUCAGCUCAUGCAAAAGUCAGAUUAUCUAAAAGCAUCGAAGUUCAAGAUGCUAAAGUUGCUGAAGAGUUGUUGAGAUUUGCUUUGUUUAAAGAGAUAGCCAAGAAGACACAUACGAAACGGAGAAAGACCACUACCGAGCGAGUCGAGCUGGAGCUGGAAGGAUCAGAAGAAGAACAAGAAGAAGGGGGGGAGGAGGAGGAGGAGGAAGCAGGGGAGGUGUUUACCAGACCAAGCGCGAGAAGAACAAGAUUGAGGAACCAGCAGCAGCAGCAACAACAACAACAACAACAACAACAACAACAACAGUCAGCUCAAAGAGCUGGUUCGACGCCGCAGGAUUCGCCAACACGUGAACAAGAGCCUACUGAAGUAGAAGAGCAAUUGGAAAGUUUACACUUGUCCAAUCAAGAAACUGUUUCACAACAAGAGGAUGAAUCGCUGAUAACGCGAAAUACCCAUCAACAAACAUCAUCUUUAGCAGCAGCAGCAGCAGCAGCAGCAGCAGAAUCAUCAUCAACUGUGCACCCGUUAGCAGAUAUUACUAUUAAUGCACGGGAACCACCCUCUAUAAGUUCUGAGAGAUUAAAAACAUUUUAUAGAACUAUGGCAAAAGUGGUGAGAUCAGAUUUGUUCGAUACUAAUGAUUGUGCUGCAUAUGAUUCAGUUGUUGAAGCAAUUAAUAGGGAAAUUGAUCAAGAGGAAAAGUUUACAGCUAUGGAGUUAGAAACUGCUUUAAAGAAAAUGCUGGACGAGGGUAAAUUGUUUAUUGAAAAUGGUAAAGUUUGGAAAAUAUAG